ACAUUUGAAGCUAAAAUUCACCAUCUGGAGACCAGGCUUAGCCAAAAGCCCCGUGAAGGGACCGCUGAACUGGAGUACUUUGUGCGCUGUGAAGUCCACAGCUCUGACCUCAAUACUUUCAUUAGCUCCAUCAAGAGGGUAGCGGAAGAUGUGAGGACCACUAAGGAAGAUAAAUUUCACUGGUUUCCCAAAAAAAUUUGUGAACUGGACAAGUGUCACCAUUUGGUCACCAAGUUUGACCCUGACUUGGAUCUGGACCACCCGGGCUACUCUGACCAAGUAUAUCGCCAGAGGAGGAAAUCAAUAGCAGAAAUUGCGUUUCACUAUAAGCAUGGGGACCCGAUCCCUCACGUGGAGUACACAGCGGAGGAGAUUGCUACCUGGAAGGAGGUGUACAGCACCCUGAAGAGUCUCUACCCCACCCAUGCCUGCAAGGAGUACCUUGAAGCUUUUAAUCUACUGGAAAAAUUCUGUGGCUACAAUGAGAACAACAUCCCUCAGCUGGAGGAGGUCUCCCACUUCCUAAAAGAGAGGACCGGCUUCCAGCUUCGACCAGUGGCCGGCUUGCUGUCGGCACGGGACUUCCUCGCCAGCCUGGCCUUCCGUGUCUUCCAGUGCACGCAGUACAUCCGCCAUGCAUCCUCGCCUAUGCACUCCCCUGAGCCGGAUUGCUGUCACGAGCUGCUGGGGCAUGUCCCAAUGCUGGCUGACAAGACGUUUGCCCAGUUCUCUCAGGACAUUGGGCUGGCGUCUUUGGGAGCAACUGAUGAAGAAAUUGAGAAACUUGCAACACUUUACUGGUUUACGGUGGAGUUCGGGCUCUGCAGACAGAAUGGGAUAGUCAAAGCCUAUGGAGCCGGGCUCCUGUCUUCCUAUGGGGAGCUCAUACACUCCUUGUCAGAUGAACCAGAGUUGCGGGAAUUUGACCCCGACGCUGCUGCUGUUCAACCCUACCAGGACCAGAACUACCAGCCUGUAUAUUUUGUGUCUGAGAGCUUCAGCGAUGCCAAAAGUAAACUGAGGAGCUAUGCGGCACAUAUCAAGCGGCCCUUCUCAGUGAAAUAUGAGCCCUACACCCACAGCAUCGAACUCCUGGACAGCCCUCAGACGAUCUGUCACUCCCUGGAGAGCGUAAGGGAUGAGCUUCACUCGCUGAUUAACGCACUCAAUGUUAUCAGUUAAUACGGGAACUGGGCUAUUUCCUUCCUCUCUUCCCCUGCAGCCCCAAAGCUGUCGGCUCUGCCCUUGCCUAGUUCCCAGCUGAUAACUCCUACAUGUCUUCUCCUAACAUUUGCACCGCUGUCUGUCACCACACGACCCCAACAGCUUUCC